AGCUCAAUACAACGCAAGGCCUCGUCGCGCGUACUGUCAUUGUUCGUGUAGCUCGUCGUCGCGCCGUGUGUUUACGUUCUAGUUUGCUACCCGCCCGGAGGGGGUGUCAUUUUUCGCUGAUGCACCACAAGAUCGAAAACCGGGCACUAGUCGCGAACUGUACGGGCUAUACGUUGAAGAAUCUCCACCGGCACAAUAUAGGUUGGCAAAGUGUGUGCAUACCUUGGCGAGAAAGGGUAGAAGUGUACGUGCGACGGAUUCCGAUGGAGACGCAUGAUAGUUGGACGAUAACACAUGUGCUGUGGUAGUGUGCGAGUGUUUAGAUAGGCACUUUUUACAUCGCGUAUUGACUCGCCGACUCGCGGCAAGUGUGAUUUUAUUGAGCAGAGUUCUCGUUUCAGUGGUAGACGGUGAACAAAUAGCUUAACGACUACAGCUAGUCUUAUCUUCAUGAGCCCUGGGAGAGGGUUAUUUAUCUUCUGAUUGCACCGCACCGUUGAAGUAUUGCGAAUCGCUAUCUUCAACGAGCGUCGCAUCCUCCUUUUCCUGAUUGCUGGCGGGGACGAGCUAUCCCAAUGCUAGCACAUCCGCACAGUGUGUGACGGACUGCAGAAUGGCACCGACCGAAAACGGGACGACCGAUGUUGAGCAGGCAAUCGGAACGCCCGCGUUGGGCGUUGAGGACGAAGAACGAAAGGAUCACCAUGACAACGAAGCUCAGCCGCUAUCGAGGGGCGAUGGAUGCCAAAAGCUGACAGCCUCAAACGAGACGAACAAAGCAACAACCACGUCCAUUGGCUGGAAGGAUGGCUAUCAGCAGAUACUAGCGACCUGUUUGGUGAAUUUGAUAGUUGUCCAGGCAGGUAUCAACAUGACCUAUUCGGCCAUUCUGCUGCCGCAGCUCUCCGAGCCAGACAGCCCAAUACUGAUUGGGCGCAACGAAGCGUCCUGGAUAGCGUCCGUGGUGACGAUUGCUCUUCCACUUGGAUCGCUCGUCGUCGGUCAGCUGAUGGAUCAGUUCGGACGGAAAAAGAUCUCACUCGCAACGUGUGUUCCGUUUGCUGUGGGCUGGAUUUUGAUUGCCGGUGCGUCGAACGUUGGCAUGAUCUACAUCGCUCGCAUCAUCCUGGGAACGUCCGGCGGUCUCACCACGGUGGCCCUGGUGUACGUGAGCGAAAUCUCGCACGUAUCCCUGCGUCCGAUGCUGCUGUGCGCCAACAGCGUGUUUGUUUCGUUCGGGAUUUUGCUAACCUGCGUUCUAGCGGUGUUCUUCGAUUGGCGAGCAAUAGCGUACAUUUUCGCUGGAUUCUCAGUGGUAACAUUUUUGCUCAUCCUGCUUAUUCCCGAGUCUCCCCACUGGCUGGUGACGUUUACCAAGAAAGAUCCCACCAAAGCUCGGGCUGUUCUGUGCUGGCUGUAUCGCAACAAGAAGUUGGCCGAGGAACAAUUUCAGCAAAUUGCUGCCAACAGUACGCCGACCCGUCAGCCGCCACACAUUACGAACGGGAAAGCAAAGUGUGCCAUAAACUCGCUAUCGUUGAAAGUGUUCCUGCAGCCGCGCGUUUACCGGCCGAUGACGAUUCUGCUGCUAGUGUUCCUGUUUCAGCAGCUAUCCGGUGCGUACGUGCUCAUCUUUUACGCCCUGAACGUAUUCCAGCAGAUCAACGAAGCAACGCUGGCACAGGGCGAACAGGGCGCCAGCUUCAAUCAGUAUACUGCGCUGGUAGUGUUGGGCGCGAUUCGCUUCAUCAUGUCGAUCAUCACGUCGGGCUGCUCGAGAAGGUAUGGCCGCCGGCCAUUGCUCUGCAUCUCGGGCCUGGCGAUGGGCGCUUGCAUGACGAUCGGUGCACUGUAUCUGGAUUUAUUGCACGACCGUUUGGGCAGUGCAGUUGUUGGCAGCUACCUGUUGCUUGCGUGCGUUCUCGGAUACGUGUGUUUCAGCGCUCUCGGUUAUCUCGUACUACCCUGGACGAUGAUUGGGGAACUGUUGCCCACAGAUGUUAAAGGGAAGCUAGGAGGGCUGACUGUAUCGAUUGCGUACGUGCUGAUGUUUGGUGUGGUCAAGAUCUUUCCUUAUCUGCUCGAGCAGGUGGCAAUACGCGGAAUUUUCUACCUGUACGCUGCCACGUGCUUUGCUGGAGUGGCAUACAUCUAUUGCUACGUACCGGAAACGUAUGGCAAGAGCUUUGCCGAGAUUGAACGUUUCUUUACCGACAAGCACCAUCGGCGAAGAGGGGCCGCACAAACGACUGGUCCUUAAGCUUAUACAAUAGUGAAUGUGUGUGUGUGUUUUUGUUUUGGUUUGUGUUAGUUUGGCCUUACAUUAAGAUAGCUCGUGUUGUCCAUAUGUUUUUGGACGUUUAGGCAAUAUACAAUAGCAGAAGAGGGCAGGAGUACAUUUAAACUGAACAUUAAUCUUACGUACAACAUAUAGAACCCCAUCGGUGAUUGUGAUGAAGGCAAACAUUUGGCAUUGCACACACCGGGAGAAUAGGGCCCGGAUGUGGCGAUGGCACAAAUACGAUAGUCUUCCAAAUUUGCUUAAAUUACCACGAUACAAUACUGAACUUAAGUACCUUGAGUCGAAGCCAAAAGUGAGUGCUGAAGUAAUACAGCAAGAUUGUAAGGUUAAUGAUAUGGAAUAAGUGGUCUAGAUUAGCAAACAACCGGACGAGCAAUAUUGCUAAAGAACAAACUAAACCAAAAAAGAUGGGUUUGAUUUUGAUAUACAUACUUUGAUAUAUGCAAGCAUACCACCAAUUUAACGUUUUAUCUAAAAUAUAUCUAUAUUUACAAUGAAGACAUUAAAAAAGUAGAACAAAUAUUGAAUACCAGCAACACUGUUUACCGCGUCGUUUGAUGUAGGUUGAACCGGUGCUGGUUCUGUUUAUUUAGCGAGCCGUGUUUGAUUGAGCGUAUCUUAUCAGUCAGUACCGUACGGCACUGCGUGGGAGUACCCCGAGAGCGAGACAAUUCAACAAUGUACAAAAUAUUGCAUAUCACUAAAAGCUUUUAUUGUU